AUGAGUGAGCAAACGACGAAAGAUGAUGCCGCAAACCAACCAGGCGCAGAGUUGGUGGUUGGUAGUUCAAAGCUGUUUCAAGAGAAUCAGCUUCAAUGCAUCCCCAUGCCCACACCUGACCCAAAGGACCCCUUUAAUCUCCCAUCAUGGCGAAAGUGGAUGGCCAUUAUUUCAAUGUGCUUUUUCGGCUCUCUUGGACUAGGGAUAGAAAACAUCAUCGGCCACCUCUUACCACUUUUCUACUUUGAGUACAAUGGCGUCAGCUGGAGUGUAUUACUAGAAAUAGGCAGCUUGCUCGCAAUCGCUGGCAGCUCGUCUAUGAAUGUUCUCGAAGCGCUGGCGACCUGGGAGUCGGUAACACCACUGUGGCGAGUAGCCCUGCUGGCCACCCUGCCAAUCAUUGUGAACGGUAUAUCCUCUUUUGUUCUGGUACCCCUGUCUUCCGCCAUUGGUCGGCGGCCCGUCCUCCUGUUGGCUGGUAUCAUGGCUUGGGUCGGUGGUAUAUGGGCCAGCCAAAGCCAAAGCCUCGAUGCCCACAUCGCAGCGAGGUGCUUCCAAGCCUUUGGAGCUGGUGCCGUCGAAGCCAUCAUACCGCUAAUCAUUCAGGAUAUGACGUUUAUCCACCAGCGCAACCGGGCUUUUGCCACACUGAAUGCCAGCCAAGGUGUACUCAUCAUUGGUUUGGGUAUGAUGAGUCCACUCAUUGCAUUUUACCUGGAUUGGAGGCGGCUGUAUCUGAUAUUCUCGGGCUUGACGGCCUGUGCUUGGAUCGCCGUGUUCUUGUGUGUACCCGAGACACGCAGAGAGAGGUCAAAUGAUGAAUUAGCCGGCAAACAAGUCUAUCUCCUCGAACCUGGCGAGACUCGCCCGCGACCCGACGUAGAAAGCUAUGGGCCUCGAACCUGGAAGUCCAACUUUGGCAUCUUCAAUAUUCCUAUUCGCUGGAGCCUCUGCUUUCAAACGUUUCUUGAAAGCUUCAAAUGUCUCACAUUUCCAGCGGUCAUCUGGGCAACCUUGCUGAGCGCGGCCCUCCAGGGAGCCGGCAACGCCGUGACCCAGACCUCAUCGUCGGUGCUCCUGACGGUGGGCUGGAGGAUCGAGAAACUAGGAAUGUCGGGGCUGGCUUUGCUCAUUGCCACGCCCUUUACCUAUUUCAUCAGCGGCUGGCUCGCCGACAUUGUCUCCAACUGGAUCGCCAGGCGGCACGACGGCCGCCGCGAGCCCGAAGUUCACCUGCUGAGUAUUAUUCUGCCCGUGAUCCUUGCCGUCCUUGGCCUUGUCAUGUAUGGAUACGUCUGCAGCAACAUCCUCACGAUUUUGCGUGCGGAUUAUGCUCUGCUGGUGAAUAUCUUUUUCCAUACCGUGGGUUCCACUUGCAUCAACACGACUCUUCAGGUUUUCAUUCUAGAAAGCUAUCCAAAUUUUGCCGGCCCCAUUCUCAUUGUGUACUCCUCGUUCCGUCUGAUUUGUGGUUUCGGAAUGACAGUAAAAGCCACCGAAUGGGCCAAGACCAUGGGAUUCUUGAACAUGUUUGGCACCUACGGCGGCCUCAUUGGCGCCUUGGCCCUGGGCGGCCUGCCCGUCUUCUUCCUGGGCAAGUCCUUCCGUACCAGAACCGCCGGCGUCGUUGAAGACGAGGAGGGCCAUACCAAGAUGGCAAGGCAGCCAGGUCGACCUUCUGGAAGUAAUGGAUCGCCCGAGAAUCACCCCGCCCCGUUGAACAGCAACCCCGUCCCCGGCCACCCUCGUAUGGAGCCGAGGGAUGAGCCGGCGGGGUGUGUUAUAAAGAGACGAACACCACUGGAGUAA